AUGCCGGCAUACAACUCCGUCUUUAACUCGGACCCCAAUGUCCCCCGAAUAAUCGGCAACUUCCCUCUUCUUCCUCUCCGUACAAAGACCCGCGGACCGGCUUACACCCUGCCUGCCCCCUCGCCGCCUCUGCCGGCCAGCGAGUCACCCGAUCCUGACAGCGAUAGCUACGAUAUUCUCGAUGAGGUUCUCGCUCUUUUCCGUGCCAACACAUUCUUCCGAAACUUUGAGAUCCAAGGCCCUGCCGACCGUCUACUUGUGUAUGGAAUCUGGUUUGUCAGUGAUUGUCUGACCAAGAUCCGCCCAGGAGCCUCCCUGCGUGAUGCUCAGAAGGAUGUGACCAACCUGGCACUUGACCUUAACUUUGCUAUUCCUGGCGACCCAGGAUGGCCCCUUAACCAGAUGUACGAACCCCCCAGGGACAGGCAAGAGGCAGAGCAGCUCAAGCAAUACAUGUCGCAGGUUCGACAAGAGCUUGCUUCCCGACUACUCGCCAGGGUUUACGACGAGGAUGAGACCAAGCCUAGCAAGUGGUGGUUGAGCUUCACCAAGAGAAAGUUCAUGGGCAAGUCACUAUAA